UGUGAGUGAAAUGUUCUUGUGUGCCUCCUUGUGGAGUAAGUCAGCAGUGGAGGAGGCACAAGAGGGCUGGGUCAGAGGGAGUAGUUAGCAAACAGGAAAGAGGAGCGAACUAUAAGAAGAGACUGAACCCAGAGGAGCGUCAAAACAUUGAAACCAACGCCGAGAGAGAAGUGGAGGAGAGAGGGAGACAGAGGCGAGGUGAGAGACACAGAGAGGAGAGAUACGUGGACGACUGCAAUACGUUCAGGAUGAAGACUAAAAUCGCGGUGAUUUUUUCCUACAAGGACUGCAGGUUUGCCUUUUAAUAACCCAAAACGGUACUUGAAAUAAUCCAGCGUCUGCACACUGUGAGGAAAGGUCCGACGACGCACUCCUCUUGCACCAGGCGCGCCUCGGUGUCACCGCGCGGAGAAAUCCUGGAUGGGUAUCAGCUUCAGCACCUGAGGAGAGGACAGCUCCGCUCUGUGCGCUCCUCCGGACCUCCUGCCCAACAGCGCUGCUGCAGCUUUAUUUUGUCAACUCUCUCUCUCUGCUUCACAAGUCUGGAAGAAGUCUAAAGAUCCACUGACGGAGAGAUCCGCGACUGACUGUGUGCUCAAUAUGUACCAGGGGCAUUUACAGGGGAAAGACUCUAGGGCUGCAGAUAAGACUGCUGCCAUGGUCCUGAAGGAGAUACCAAGUAAGGCGUCAUCAGAAGGGAAGCCCCUCCUCACAGUGACUACCAAGCUGGUGAGUGAGCAACAAGAGAGCCGCCCGCUCCUAAGCCCUUCCAUCGACGAUUUCCUCUGCGAGACCAAGUGUGAUGGGGUUUCACGCCCAGUGACUUCCAACACAGCUGUUCUGUCUUCAACACUGGACCUGCUGGAUCUCAGUGAACCUGGCGACAGGAGGAACAGCAAGGACAGGAAGAGUCCCCUGUCGUCCCGGGGCAACAGCCAAAAGAACAACCCACACAGGAAGAAGACGGAUGAGACGGAGUUGAUCCAGGUGGAAGUUGAACAGACAGGACCAAGCAUGAGAACCCCAGAGAGGGCAUCACUAGACUCAGUUACCAUUGGUUCACCGUUGGAUAAAUGGGAGGAGCUGAACCCCAACCCUGAGAGGAAUGGCAACAGAAAAUGGAAGAUGGAGAGACAGCGUUCUUCUAAAAAUUCAUCCAAUGAGUUUCUGUGGUCCAUAGACUGUAAAACCCAAUUAGAGCCAUCGAAUAAGAACUCCUUGGAAACAAAUACCAAAGUCGAGCCAGAGUCUGCCCUGACAUCUCAACUCAACAGGCAGUAUAUUAGUGGAAGACAUGCUCGCCUAAGCAAGGAGCAGCGGUGGGGCAGCACCCUCCUGUCCAGACAUCAGUCCCUGGAGGAGGAGUUUGAGCGAGCCAAGGCUGCUGUUGAGUCAGAUACCGAGUUCUGGGAUAAGAUGCAGGCAGAGUGGGAAGAGCUUGCGCGGCGGAACUGGCUGACGGAAAACGAGCAGGCGCAGAUUCCCUCCAGUGUCUCUCCGCAUGAGAAGGGUUACUACUUCCACACAGAUAAUCCUUAUAAGGACUUUCCUAACGCAUUUGAAGAGGGACUAAAGAAGUCUCGAGAGGGAGACUUGCCAAACGCUGUGCUUUUGCUGGAAGCAGCUGUCUUGCAGGACCCUCAUGAUUCAGAGGCUUGGCAAGUGUUGGGGACCACCCAGGCUGAAAAUGAGAACGAGCAGUCUGCGAUCGUCUCCCUCCAGAGGUGUUUGGAGCUCCACCCAAACAACCUCCCAGCCCUCAUGGCUCUGGCAGUGAGCCUGACCAACACUGGUAUGCGCCAUGAUGCCUGCGAGGCCCUGCUCCGCUGGCUACGACACAAUCCAAAGUACAAGCACCUGCUGAAGGGCAAGACCCACCUGAUGGGAUCGCCAAACUCCCAACACAGGAUGUCUCAUGCUCUCAACAUGGGCAGACAUGAAAGCUCCCUGCAACCCGAGGUCAAGGAGCUCUUCCUGGAAGCAGUUCAGCACAACUCUGAUUGCAUCGACCCAGAUUUGCAGACGGGCCUCGGGGUGCUCUACAACGUCAGCGGAGAGUUCAAUAAAGCCGUGGAGGCCUUCAAUACGGCCCUGUCAGUGCGGCCUGAGGACUACUUGUUGUGGAACCGCCUGGGGGCCACGCUGGCGAACGGGGACCGGAGUGAGGAGGCGGUGGAGGCUUACACGCGAGCCCUGGAACUGCAGCCCGGGUUUAUCAGAUCCCGGUACAACCUGGGCAUCAGCUGUAUUAACCUGGGGGCACACAGAGAGGCGGCCAGGAACUUCCUGACCGCCUUAAGCCUUCAGAGGAAAAGCCAGAGUCGCCAGCAGUCCCACCAGGUGAUGUCUGGAAACAUCUGGGCUGCUCUGAGAAUAGCUUUAUCCAUGAUGGACCAGCCCGAACUUUUCCAGGCUGCAAAUAUUGGUGACCUGGAUCUUCUCAUGCGGGCCUUCAACCUAGACAUUUGAGAAAUGGGAGGUAAUGACAAUAGCAUCUCCCGCUUCACUUACUCUUCAGUUUCUACCCAACAGCCAAAAGCCCAAAGUGCACAUAUCAGGAUGGAUUGGAUCUGAUGUUAGAGACAAUAGUGUAGUUUUUAUGCACGUCAAAAUUAUCUACAGUCAUCAAAGUUGUUAUAUUUUUCGCCCAAGUACCUUGGAGUGAGGACAGGUUCUUCCAAGUGCUUGAAGUGACUGCUUUGUGAUGGAUUUGCACUGCAAUUUGUGAUUUCCCUGAAGAGCACAAGGACGGGCAAAGAUUGUACAGGCAAUGCCUUAGAGAACACAUCAAUUAAAAACUGACUCAUUCAGUGGAACAGAGCUGAGCCAGGAGAGAUGGGCAGACAGACAGUUUGAGAAUCUCACAGAGGAACCCUCACAUGCUGUUUGCAGAGAAAAGAUGAGGUCUUGAGGGGAAAAAAAAGGUUUCAUUAUCCAAUUACCUUCAAAGACUCAAGACUGUCUCACCCUCCUGACGGAUGGAUUUAGUGAGCAAAUGAUAAAGACUGCACGUAUGAACUGGAACUCCAAAUUCUGUUCCUGGCUUGUUUUCAUCCUCUUUCAAUGGAGAAUAAUGAUACUGCAUGAAUAAGCAUUUUCAUAAAUGGAUUCUUGUUUACAAUUAACAUACUUUUAGAAGUUUUCCCUUUGCACUUCAGACAAACAGAUAACUUCCAGCCCAAGUGGAAUGUGCAAGCCAGGUUGUAAAGCCUUACUCAAAUGCAUGCGAACAACAAUAUUUAUUAAUACUAUUUUUAUGGCAACACAAAAAGCUAUUUUCAGACUGGUUUUGAUUUCUUUAAAUAACUGCCGUCUUCUGAACUUGAAAGCUUUCUGAGGCAGUAAUUUCUGUUUUGUUGGGUUUAUUUUUUUGGUCUUGGCUCCUAGCUUCUCUUUGUUCCCUUUAUGCUGACUAGUUGGAGAAAUACACACAAAAGCUGGGCAGCACUGAUCUGUAAAACCUUCAUUAGUGUGGAAACUUUUAGUUUCUCAUGUGAAAAAAGUUUUUACAGGUCUAAAAAUAUCUCUUUCAUAUUUACCUUCUGGGAUGGCUUUAGUAGCCCUCACAUUUGAUUCAUUUUCCUGACUGUAUUAAUUUCAGUAUAGUAUAACAACAUUACAGGUAAAAUAUGUGUAGCCGCAAGCCAAGACCUAAGAGAGCUUGGGGUAUUUCCUAAUACAGUCAUUUGUAUCUUUGCUGUGCCUCCACAGGCAGCGAAGCUCAUACAUUUAAUUAGAUCAGUUUGCUUCAGCCAUAAUGCAUGAUUUAAAUAUUUAUGUAAGCAUGGGAGGAAUGCCGCACAUAUUUGAAAAGCCAUUUGAUUUACCAUCUGCAAAUUUUAAUUCACAUCAUGAUAAUACAAAACACUGAGUUAUCGUGCAUCCACAAAACACAUGAAUGACAGGAGCCAAUUAUUCCAGAUAAUUCUUCUCCAGAAGCAAAGCCUUUUCUUAAAACAUGCCUUUUGGCAAACAGCUUCUCUUGCGUCACUGUUGCUAGUUUGAAAGUCACUCAGUGAAGUGAACAUCACGUUCCUCACCGUGCAACAGAGUACAUGAUAGAUAAUCUGCUGUACUGUAUAGCUCAGCACCUUGGUGUUUAACAGGCGUGUCCACAGGCUGGGUGUGCUGUAGAAAGUACGUUUUUAUUCUCAGAUCCUAUGCAAAAGGUCAUAUUUUAUGUUGCCAGUCAGUUUGUCCCUGUCUGCCUUAGUGGACAGAAAAAGGAAGUGGUGAUUCUGUGCUUUGAAAGAAUGCUAUCAGGGGAAAGCAGAGAGCCAUUCAUCUUCCCAACUGCACUGCUUUGAUGUCAUGGUCUGUAUAAGAAGAAGGGCUUCAUAAGGAAAGUGGGGUAGAACAAAAACAAGUGUUCCUGUUCAAGAGAGAAAUGUGGUCAGUGAUUCUGAAAAAUACAGAUACACACACACAAACAUCAUCCUCCUAAAGUGUAGCCUUCAUGUUUUAUAACCCUGCGGUGUAGUGAUAUGUCUUUGACCUCAGUUGCACCCACCGAAUUCACAGUCGUACAUCAAGCGUUGCUAUCAGAUACAUGUUUUAUUUCAUCAGUCUGUCGCAUAUGUUUUCUUUGAAAGUCACCUUAGCUGCGCUUUGAGAAGGAAACUCUCCUUUUUAAGUUGGACAACUAGAAAACUGUUGUUGAACCAAUUACAUUAAUGAGUUAUCCACUGGUACUUUCAAUAUAACGAGUAAGAUGCUAUUUCAGGCUGAAACAGAUGAGUAGCUACUGCAGUCAGAUAUUUAAACAAGAAUGUUGGCAGAGAGUCUCUAUGGACAACCAUGAUGUUUAAUAGAUCAAGGAGGCAGAGGAACCCAGUGAGACAUAGCACAUAUGUGCACGCUACUAACCAUCAGGGGUGCUGACAGUGAACUGCACAAUGGCAAAGGCAAUGAGGCCAAAGCAGAGGUGAAUGCGCAAAUGUAUUCACUGUCUGAGAGAUUUUAUUAUGAUAAAAAGAAAAAAUUGGCAGUGUAGCUUUUUUUACUGAAAAAGUAUGGAUGAUAUCCAGUAGUCCAUCAGUGCUAUCCUGUUGAAUAUUUCAUUGUCAUUAAAUUACUAAAAAGGUUAUUUUCAGUCAUGCUAGCAGCACAGCUUUGUAGAUGUCGGUCCACCACUUUGGUUCAGACUGAAAAAUCUCAACAACUGUUGGAUGGAUUGCCGUGAAAUUUGGUACAGAUAUUCUUGCCCCACUCAGCAUGAAUUGGACUUUGGUGAUCCCUUGUCUUUUUAUCUAGUGCCACCAUCAGGUCAAAAUUAAAAUGUGUCCAAUACUUGGAUUUCUAACUGAAUACAUGCUAAAUGAAUGACAUUCUCAUCAGCCUCAGCUGCACUUUGUGUUUAUUGCUAAUUAGCAAAAUGUUAGCAUGCUAGCACAUCCUAAACUAAGAUGGUGACAUUGACAUACAUUAUACCAUUAUACCUGCUUAACAUCAGCAUGUAAGCAUUGUCAUUGUGAGCAUCACUGAGCCUAAGUACAGCCUCACAGAGCCGCUAGCAUGGCUGCAGACUCUUAGUCUUGUUUGUAUUUAUGUUACAGCUGCACAGCUACAACUGUUUCAGCCAAGUGUUUCUGUUGACAUCCACCUCAGUCACUUACAGAGUAUGUGCUAACGCUGCCAGCUAGACGCACACUGGGCCAGCAUGUUGAGCGCAGUCCCCAUGGGUAUUUUAUUUGUAUCAAAUGUCUCCUCAUGUCCAAGACAAGCUUCCAUCCACUUUUUUUUCCCCGUAAACCAUGAACCCAACCUAGUUGUAAUAGUUCCCUGAGAGAUUGUUGAAAGACAUGGGAGUUAUUCUUCAGGCCAGUAUCCCUCCAUUUUUAAAAAUGAACACAUAUUCUGUCCCUGAUCAUCUUAGCUGUCUUUUGUGUCAACGGUGAAUUGUAGAAACUCAGAACAUGAUGUCUGUUACAUUGUGUUUUCCAAAUCAACUCUAGGUUUCUUAUGAGCUUGUAGGCCUUCACUUUUUGCAUUUCAAGAUACUGUAGUUGUGUUAAAAAUGAAAAACUUAUUUUUUUAAAGAGACCUUAAAUUGCUGGCUUAAAAUCUAAACUUCUACUGUGUACAUCGUACUGCAGUGCAUUGAGAUAGGAUGCCUGGUAACAGUUUUUUUUUUGUAGAACCUACCUACUACUGUACCUUCUCAGGUGAACUGAACUAGCUUAACGCAUGCUCCUGAGGAACAGAUCGAGGUUGAUCGCAUGCUAGAUCCUGUACAUUUAUUUUUUUUGAAUGGUAUUUUCAUUUGUAUGCAUGAAAUACAUGAAAGUGCUUUCUUUCUCUCCCACUAACGUAUAAAAAAUUUAUAUAUCAUGAAGUUUCCUUGCAAUAUUUCUACAAUGCACUUUUAAAAAUCUAUAACUUUGACAAAAAGUGAUGUAUAUGUUCAGUAUAUAUUCUACACAAGAUGGUUUUUCUUGCAUAGAACUAGCGGGUGUGCCAGGGGGGCAGAGAGAUUAGAUGCUUGAGCUUGAAUACUGGCACAUUGCUACAACUGGCUAAUUAGUUAUAUUCUGUAGAAAUUUUGUAAUUAUGACUUCUGCAAAUGAUAAAUGUACUGGUAACACUUUCAGUAACCCCAGCCUAUAAAGCUAUGUUGUUACCAAAUGCCUUUUAGUGUUGAAAAUUGAUCAUGCUUAAAUUGUUAUGCGCGCAUUCAUAAAGCUACUGUAAACAAUUAUUAAUUAUUUCAUGUUGUAUACUGUAAAUCAUUACAGCUUCAUUAGUUCUGGUUACACAUGUAAACAGAUGUGGACUUUAAUGUCUUGAGUUUAAUGUAAUGACUCUAAUCAGGUAAAAAAAACAUUUUAAUUAAUGAUAUUAUUAUGUUCAGUACCAAUUUUACACAGAUUUACUUAAAAUGCUUUAUAUAUGGAGACCCAAGGUGUUAAAAAUAACAUAAUAAAUCAAUUACAUAUAUGUAACCAUGAAAUAAUGUGUGAAAGAAUCCGAAACUCAGCCUAAUAUUAUGACUUUUCACAAUAACAGAGUGUAUUGCAGGUCAUUCUAGCCAGUUAUGUGAUUGGUUGUCUGCUCAAAGCCACAGCCAAUCACAUAACUGGCUCUGACCUGUUUGUCUGAUAGACAAAGACUUUGUGAUGAAAGGUUGCAUUAUGAAAUAAAACGGUCAUUGGGGAAAAUAGUGUUGUGAAAUAAAAACAGGAAAAGGACAUUUUGAAAUUUUAAAAAACUGCUGGAAUGAAAUAAAAUUAUCUACAAUAAACUGUAAUUGAACAAAAUGAAAAGAAGCAGAAUGAAAUAAUACUUCAUAAUGAUGCUGAGUUAUCAAAAUAUAUAAUUUUCCCCCCAGUGUUUCAUGGUUAUGUUAAUGUAUCUUGUAUUUGUAAUGUAUUUUGUUUGUAUUUACUUAUUUCGGAGUUUCUGCAGGGUUCACUAAGUUACAUUUAACACCACAUAAAAUUUAAUUUAAUACCUGGCCAAUCUGGAUCUGGAUAACCGUCAAGAAAUUGAUGGAUGGAUUAACCAAUUAAAAAACAAUGAAUUAAUUUAAGUACAUUAUUUACUUAUUUGUUUGUUUGUUUAAAUUGACACUUGCCCAUUCUGAGACGAUGAGCUUCCUAGCUACUGUAGCUAGCAGUGGUGACAGUGUUUGCUACAGGUGUAAUCACAACUGUCAUCUUCUUCUGUCGCAACAAUCCCACUUUUAGUUUAUAGGUGUAUAAGGCUUCCCAACAGAUACAAAAACAUUAGAACUAUUAUUACUGCCUACAGCAGGCAAGAGAAAAUAUUUAAGACUUUUAUAAAUUAAAUGUAAAACUUUUUAAUACCUUCAAAGGCCUUUUCUUUCCUGACGAAACUGAGUUAAAUGUUUUUUUCAGACUUUUCAAGACCUGCAGAUACCCUGUAUUUAUGUAUUUAGUUUUGAACACUUUGGUUCUCCAUAUUUAUAAAGCAUUUCUUAUUGCUUUGUGAGCGUGGUAAUAACAAUUUAUAGAUGUGUUUAGUCUUCUUGCUUUAAAGUUCUUACACUACAAAGCAUCUACAAAAUGUUAUUAAUGGCAUCAUUGGUUUGGGUUCAGAAAAAGGUUAUCAGUGCAUGUUGUGUACAUUUUCUUCACUCCUUUAAUUCAACAUGUGUACAAAGUUUGUUCUGGUUUAUUUAUUGAUGCAUCAGACAUGUAUGAAUAAAAUGAUAUUUUGAUGAAUGAACUUAGAAAUUAUAUACUUUAUAUACAGUAUUGAAACACCUACUAUAAUGCAUAUUACUCUCCCUGUAUAAUCACAAGGAAAGCAUUAGCACCUUUGAAACGUACACUAUAAAAGUAAUCUUUUAAAAUAAACUGUUGUUAUAUA